CUUGUGCUAAGAUGGCGGCGGCCACGCGGGAGGAAGAUGCGUUCCGUCGCCUCUUUCGUUUCUAUCGGAGGUGGGAGGGGUCGGAUCCUACCGGAGUGAUCGACUUCUCGAAAGCCCCGGGGCGACAGGUGGUCAGCUGUCCUCUGAAGUUAACCUCAGUAAGUGAUCAAGAUGCCUACAGAGCAGGAUUGCAUCCGGUUACCCAAUGGAAAGCUUAUGGUCUAGAUAAUUAUCCAGGAUUUAUAUAUAUUAAUAAUCCCUUUCUUCCGGGCUCUCAGCACCAUUGGGUGAAGCAAUGUCUAAAGCAGUAUACCCAGAAACCUAAUGUGUGCAAUUUGGAUAUGCAUAUGUCUUCUGAGGAGAUUACUGAUCUCUGGGGGAAGAGUCAAUAUCAGCUUCGAAACAAAAGUGCCAGUAAACGACAGCCAAAAAGCUUAUUGGAAAAGCUGCGCUGGGUAACUCUAGGUUAUCAUUAUAACUGGAAUACAAAGAAAUAUUCAGCAGAUCACUAUGCUCCCUUCCCAUCUGAUCUGGCUUUCCUAUCAAAGCAAGUGGCUAAAGCUUGUGGAUUUCCCAGCUUCCAAGCAGAAGCAGGAAUCCUGAACUACUAUCACUUUGAUUCAUCUUUAGGAAUUCACGUGGAUGAGUCUGAGCUGGACUUUUCUCCACCUCUUUUAUCAUUCAGUUUUGGACAGUCGUCCAUAUUUCUGCUGGGAGGACUGAAACGAGAUGAUACCCCUGUGGCCCUGUUCACACAUAGUGGAGACAUUAUGAUAAUGUCUGGUUUGAGCCGCCUGCUGUACCACGCAGUUCCCAGGAUCCUGCCCAAUCUGGAGGGGAAGCCUUUACCAUCUUGCUUAGAGCUACCUCUCCCUGCUGACCUUCCUGCAGACUCUGUGAUUGAGCCCUGCUCCCAUGAUGAUUGGCAAACAUGUGCCAAAUAUUUGGAAGCAUCCCGUAUUAAUAUGACUGUGAGACAGGUGCUAGCUGAAGGUCAGAGCUUCUUGACUGAAACUAGGACAGAGAGAGAACAGGAUGCUUUCUCCACAGACUGUCAUGAAAAGUAUAAAGAAACCAAAAAGCACAAGCCUGUUACCAGCAAAUGAGCCCUUCUUCUUUCCACCUUGACUUUCAAACACGUGAAAAACUAAUAUGUAGCAGAAGAGAUAGGAUAUGCCACUGAAAGAAAAUUAACUGUGGAAAUAAGUAUGUAUAUGAAUUUCACAACCAUGUAUAUGGCUCAGGGGAGGAAAUUCAGUGCUUUUUCUGUCUCUUUAAGAUCACAGAGCAAACCUAUGUAGGUUACUUUGAUGCUUUGCCUAACACUGGCUGAUUACAGAAAUCAGAACUGUCCUCAGUCUAACUUUCUUGUUAUUUGCUUUGAGAUAUCAGAGGGGAGGCAUCAGUUAAAAGCAGAUAUGGGUAAUCCAGAAAGUGCCAGAUGGCCUGGCCAAGGGCUUUCAUGUUCCAAGUUCAGUAGCUUAGCUCUGAACUUCUCUGACACAAUUACCUGCUCCCUCACUUCCUGUGUGUUUGGGUCCCUUCUGAGCCUCACUAGCACCCCUCUUUACACAAAGAUUGGUUUAUCUUUGCAGAUCGUGUCACUAGAUGUCAGGCCCAGCCCAAGAACAAUAAUCAGUCCAGCCAAACUUCAGUCCUUCGUUUACUAACACCAUGUAGACAGAAUCUUGCCAGACUCAAGCAACUCUGCCUAACCUAAGGGGAAAUAACCUGGGAAAGCUCUAGGGCGAAGCUAUUGUGAACCUCUUGGUUUUCCCAGAACUGCUCCCUGGACUGUGCCUCUUCAUAUCUCUUCCACCUUCUUGGAAUGUGUUCUCUCCUUCCUGAGAACCACUGGCCCUGCCAAAAUCCACCACACUAGGCAAGACUUCCUUCCAGCAGCCUUGUAAAGACUGAUCUGCUUUUUGCAGAGGACUGAUGUCUGUCUGCCAAUCCUCACCACAGGGAAAUUCAUCUCUCUGGCUGUGAUGUUUGUGGCUGUUUCUCAGCUGCUUUCUUUCGCUGUCCAGUUGUCACUAACAUAGUGCCUGAAUAAGUGGGGGAGGGCUCAGCUGAGCUGCUUGGAGAGGCUGCUAGCAUGCCAACCAGCACUCUCCUGGUGAUGGCAUGUCCAUCCCCAACACCACAUCAUGCGGAGAACCCUGGACCACCCCCAGCAUGGCAGUGAUUUUUAGGCCCUCUUCACAUCGCCUGUUCUAUAAUGGGGAUUUUCCUUGUGUCCCCAAAGGUGCUUUAGAUUGUUUCCUUCCUUUUUGGAAAAACCUUCACCACCAAAGACUCUCUGAUUAGGAACAUGUGGCUUCUUGUGUCAACUAGAGCCUGCAUAGUGGUGUUCUUGAGCCUGACUGGGACCAUGGCCAGGACAGUGCAGUUCUCUGAGACCUCGCUAACUAGCUGUUUCUUUGGGCACAUUUUGCUUCCGUGACCAGACUUCCCACAUUUGAAACAUGUAAUGGGAGUUGUCUUACUGAAGGUUCCUUUGUCUCCCUUAGGGGCAUCCCUUGAUACAUCUCCUUUUUGAGAAGGGUAUGCUGGCUCCUCUAUUUGGGAGGAAGGGGUUUGCUUUUCCCCUAGCCUUCCUUUCAUCUGGUCAACAGCUGCUGCUCCUCUGCCAACCUUCUUUGCUUUUUUGGGCUGCUGCAUAGCCCUCAGCUAGUCUUAUUGCCUCCACCCCUGCUGCUCCUGUAUCCAGAAAUGGUUUAGGUAGAAUCUGUAUGAACUGCUCUUAACACUUACCAGCAGGAAUAGGUUAUACACAGUUCUCCCUGGGACAUCCACUUGUAACCAAUUAGCAGCUGCCUCCUCCAGGAUAGCCCAUGAUUUGUGGAAGUCUUGCUCUGCAUUGAACACAUGGUCCCGGAACUUUCACCUAUAGGUCUGAGGAGUUAUCUCAAAGUGGUUGGAGAAUUGCCUCCUUGACAGCAUUGUAAUUUCCUGCCUCAACUACUGGCAAUUGUGUGAACACUCAAAGGGCUCUUCCAGCCAAACAUGGAGGUAAUCUAGCCAUCCAGCCUCUUUUUGGCCAGCCUUGUGUUUAGCCAUCCUCUCAAACAUAGCUAGAUAGUCCUGUGGAUCUUCCUCCACCCCAUCCUAUGUAAUUUCACAGGCACAGAUGUGGCCUCAGCCCCACAUCUUCUUCCUCAGAUAUGUCCUAGCUAUCUCCCAUCCAGUCUACCUCCUUUUUCAGCUUCUGCACAAGCUGCUUGAAAGUUCUCUCCUGGUUUUCAAGUUUUCUCUCCCAUUUCCUUUGCUCCUGCUCAAACUCCCCCCCUCUGAGAAUCACUCAUGACUGUCUCCCAUUGUUGCCUCUCUUCCCUUUGUGCUGCUACCAUGGCAUGCGUAAUAUUUACCAUCUCCUGCAUGCUUUGUAUUUGAUCUUCUAUCUCCCC